UUGGCUCUGAUCUCUAUUGUUUUAUCUUUUCUUAAUCAUCUCCCAUUCUAGUAGAUGCUCUUUAAUAUAAUGGGACAUUUGCUCUAUUGCUAUGGUUUCUGAGCUAUCUGGUUUGAUAAAAACUGAAAUUAUUUCUGAUUUUCCAGACUUUAAACUUGCUACUGAUUUUAUAGCUGUAAUUUCAUCCUUUGAUUUUUGUAAAACAAGUUCUGCAUUCUUGUCUAAACUGCCUUUAAAUAAGAUAAUUCUCCCAAACAUUCUUCUGUACUGUUCUCUGUGGACAUAAAUCUGGUCUUCAGGUCCUUCUGAAGCUGGUCUUAACUUCAUCGCUUUCUCUAAUAGAAAUUUCAUCCCCAUCAUAUCUACAGCCUGUCUAGCCGUUUCAUUCAUAUUGGCACUCCAUUCAGCAAAAUCUGCUACUUUUUCACUGAAACCUCAUUUGAUCAAUAGGAGGAUCUGAUAAGAACUAAUUUGAUCCUUAUUUCUUGCUUUCUUGAUUCUAGUCCUUUGCAUUAUCUCCUUUACAUUCUCUAGCACUACUCUGAUCUUUCUUUUUAAUUCUACAUACUUCUUGUAGUCUUCAUAUCAUAUCUCCCAUUCUCUCUUUGCUUCCUUUUUGUUUGAGAUCUUUAAUGCAAGGUUCAUCAUUCCUUCUCCUAUCAUAUCAAGUAAACUCUUGAUAUAGUCAAGUCACUUGGCUGGACUAGCUUCAUUCUCUUUUACUCUUUCAUUUAUCACUGCAACUCAGGCACUUAGCCACUUUUCAUCUUCUUGCAUGCUUUCUAAGCUAUAGUUGCCGAUAUGUAAGUAAUGAGCUAGCUUGGAUCUCCAUUUAUCCAUUCUUACUUGUAAUUCUUGGGAUUGCUUUUCUGCUUCUUUGCUUUCGAUACGCUCUUGGAAGUGGAUUUCAGCUGUUUUUGGGCUUUCUUCUUGCUGUUCCUUUUCUUCAUGGUGCUUCUCUUCUACACCUGUCUCUUCAAGUAUCAAUUGUUAAAUCUUUUCUUCUCUUCUCUUCUGAGCUCUUCAUUUUUGUUG